AUGCCGCCAACGAGUGGGCAUCUGCUGCUCCCCAAAAUAUGGAGAGCAGCAAGAUUUGCCUACGAGAAGACGGCCAGGGCUCUCAAGGCCAAACUCUCGGAGCCUGCACAACAAUUGCAACCAAAGCUUCAACCAGCGUACGCUCAUGUCGGUCGCCAACCCAUUAGUCGAGCCGCAGCUAUCCGACAAGCUCAAAGCCGCCGCUUCUCUACACGUGCAGGUGGUUAUAUCGGUUCGUACCUGCGUCAAGUCUCACGUCCUGCAAGCAAUGCCGUCCCGAGGUCGUCAAUCCGCCAAAUGGUCGGCCGUAUGACAUCGCAUUCACCUUUUAAUUCCGCUCUUCGCCCCAAUUUGACCGGCGGAACUCUUGGUCGUACAGCUGGCGGAUAUAGUGUUGGAGCAGGAAGACUCGGUGGAGCAAGAUAUUUCUCACAUGGACCCGCUGCACCCGCACAGGUCAUUCAGAAUGUAUCCGUCGCAAUGCGUGGUUUCUGGCUCUCAGGUCAACGAGCUCGAUUCGAUGGGAUCGACCCACAUACAGGCGAGAAGCGCUUCAAGACCGUGACACCUCUUCAGGAUAAGGCACAGCGUCAAAUGGCAGAGAUUUCACGUAACGCACCUGGUUCAUAUAUCCACUUCCAGCUUUCCCCAACAAUCACUGCCAUUGGAAACUUCAAGAAUGAGUCACUCAAGUCGGAAGGCUUGAUGGAACUGCUUUCUGUCGACUUUGCACGAGCCUUGAAAGAUCUUGCAGCAAUUUUGAACGAUCUCAAACGUCUUGGAACAUUAGGCGACCUCCCUGUCUCCCUCGAAAACAAAUCUACUCUCCGUGUUCGCUUCCCUGGCUGCGAUGCUGAGCAAGUAGAGCGGCUAUGUAAUGAAGUUGGAGUCGAGCGCGGUCAAAUCUUCCAGGAUGAAGACUUUGAUCAGCGAACUGGUGCAGAGCUGGCUUUGCUCUUUCCGUUUGCUCCCAGUAUCGCUCCUUCACCAGAAACAGAGCUUUUUACAAUCCAUGAAAAUCCGCGGCUUCCGGCCAAGCAUGACUUGGAUUGGCGCUUGAUGAUGUCUGGCCAGACGUCACCCGGAAUGUCCAACGAUACGAACCAGAUCAGCUUCGAGGAUGUUGAGAUGUUUGGUAAUAACCCAUGGGUCUCGUCACCAUCGGGAUUCUCCAGCGUUGGUGUGAGCGACCUUGGUGAUCGAGAAUUCUUCGCUGAGCUGUCCCCUCAUGGCGGAGACAGUCACUCCGAUUACGAAGGAGUUCAAGGAAUUUACAAAUUUUUGGAACAAUGUGACCUGGCUGCAGGUCAAAGGUUCUAG